UGCCAUGAUGCUUACUAGUUACUGCCUAAGGGCCAAGGCUAAUGAAUAAUCUUUUAUCUUUCUUUAGUUUGUUUUGUUGAUUGUGUUCAUGAGAAAGUAGAUUUGAAACAGCUUCCAUAGUAGUACCAAUAACAAAGUGAGCUAGUACAUCCUAUUAUUUUCAAAUGGAGGAAGAACUGCAGCAUGUGAACCCUUGUCCACCUGCCUGGCUGAGUGCUGAACAGAAAGAAGCACUCCUUGGAGACAACAUUCAAGGAACUGCCUACAACCAACGCUGGGUUCUCAGUACAUUAAUGAAAGUUUGGAAUACUCUUCAUGACUUUUUACCAUCACUUCAAAAGGAAACAAACUUAGUUCGGUAUGAUGUCACUCCAGUACAGAGCUCACUUGCAGCUAAGAAUGAGUCUUCAGAGUUCAAUGCUUUUGAAACUCCUCAACAAGUUGCUGCAGAUGACACUCCAAACUAUACUAUUGGUGAUGAUCAACAUGCAGCACAAGAUAUAUCUACUCCCGUUAAGCAGGAUGUUGUUGAGCUGCCAGAAGAUGUUGAACAGUGCACUUGCGAGCUGUGGGACAUGUGUGCUGACAAUCUGGUAGCUGGACAUGUGCUGCAGUUGGGUGACCAACUUGUGCUUCACAUGCUGGCUUAUGCACUCAGGGACCCUAUAGUUCCUCGGCUCACUGAGAUUCUGUGUGGCCUUGUGUACAACAUUUGUCACCAAGACGAAGGCUGCAAAGCUGUUCUGAUGAAUGAAUCUUUGCCACUGCUGCUGGUAUCAUUACCAGAACGUAGCAGUUACAGCCCUCUGUUGGUGCAAGCAUUCAAUCUCCUCCACCGACUCGUGUAUUACUGCAAUAGAGUGCAGAGACGCGAAGCAUUACAUACUCUUCUUCUAGCAAGUAUUAAACAAGAUGAGCAUGGCGAUAAUGAAGUUGAGAUGGUAGACUCAACUAAUAACGAUGAAGCUGGUCUCUACAGACGAUCUGCCUCUGUAGGUGAAUUAGAUGAAUUAUCUGAAGAUUUGCACACAACUACUCAGACUGUUGAAGCAACUGGGAGUCAGUUAGCUGAUCAAACUUCUCCUAAAGUUGAUGAUUCCUGCAAGAUUCUAGCGUUAGCACUUAAAAGUUGUAACUUGGAACACUUUUUGGCCUUCACUCUUCUCAACAGCUUACAUGCUGAGCUGGUAUCAAAGGCCGUUUAUCUUUUGGAGGAGUUACUAUUCUUCAAAGAUCCUCUUGCCAAAGUUUUUAUGUCUGAACGCUACGCUGAUACAGGUAUUGUAGUGGGACUACUGCGUCUUGUGUCGGACUGGCAUCGGCAGCGCUUGCGCUCAGAUGCGCUCGAGCUGCCGCCGGAAGACGAGUUCGAUUUCGGAUGCUCUUCAUCGCAACAUGAAGAUGAUGAGAAAAAAGUCUCACCUGUCGUGCACUCGGCCUUCAUCUGCCUCUAUGCCUUCGUUGACACUAAAGCUGCAGACUUCAUUGUGAGAACCCGUAGUAGCCAUACAAAGCUGGAGCCUGCACUUGUCUUGUAUAUCGGGGAGCUCGUGGUGAGUGUCGAUGCUCAGGUACGCCUGCUGAGAAGUCGGGCUCCUCGGGCGUCACCUGAAGAGGAGGAAGAGGACAGCACUUCUAUUUCUUUGAGACUUACCGCCGAGAAACUGGGCUGUGCUCUCAGGUUGCUUGGAAUUCUCAAGCGAACUCUCUCGUUACCCGAGGUCAUUCUAGGGCUUGCGCGGAUACUUUCCUUGUUGGAGCUAUCAGGCAUCUUUUGGGAAGAUGCUGUUAACAAAUACAACAAUCCUGACUCAGAAAUUACGGUUUCUUCUUUGACAGACAAUCAGAAUGAAGCAGAUUGUACUCAUGAUUCUAACCAUUCUCUUGAUACAAUCCCACCACCGUUGACUGAGGCUGCAGAUAAUGCUAGUUCAAGUCAGUUUUCAUCAAAAAUUAAUCAGAAUAAAGCUGUUGAUGUUCUCGAACAUUUCGACACGUUGGUGUCAGAUAGUAACUCAGUCAAUGCUGAGGCAAAGCGUAUCAGUGAGCACCAGUCAUUCAAAAAUCAGCUUCAAAAUAAACUGAAAACUGGAUCUCGAUCUCGAAGACGAUCAUCUUUACGCGAGUCCAACUACGAUGAUGUCACUCACAUUUUAGACUCUGAUGAAAUCUCAUUUUCGCCGAGCACUGAGGCCGAGUUACGCGAUCUCAGACGCUCUCUUGAGCUUUAUUUUGCAAGCACUCUGCAUUAUUGGUUCAUUUUCGGGGAUCUAAAAGAUAAGCGAGGUGUGCUGUGCAGCCUCCUCGGUGUGCUCGAGCAAUGCCACGUCCACGAAGUCUUGCUUGUGCUUGACGCUGUCAAGAAAUUUGAAUCCGGUGUAGUUGCCAGAAUACAAGAGAACUUGUUGGACCAUCAGGCAUACCCCAGAAUUGUAGCUUUACUAGCGCAGUUGUAUCAGUAGGAAGCACUGCUGAGAUUCCAGCGGCUCUGAUAAUCUUAGAAAUUACCUUGUAUCAUUAGUAUAAAAAGAGACCAAAUUGCAGUUUUUUAAAUUUCGGUAAAUUAUUAGAGGCGUUUCUUAAUAAAUUUUGUCCUUCUUGUAAUUGUUAUUAUUGCGACUGGUUUCUUAAGCCAUACUCGCUGGUAAAUUUCCCGAUGGUCUCCAUCAAUCCUGUUGAAAUAUAAUUCCAUGACCACUGUUUCGAAAUACCAUGACUGGAAAUGUUUUUUAACGCUUAAUAUGGUAGUUAAACUUCUUCACACAUGUGUUAAAGUUUGCCUAUUUAAGCUUCUGAAAUGAGAUAGUCUUCCAGUAAAGGUUGAAAAAACUU